AUGGAUGGCAAUCGAAACACUGGCGGGAACGCAAUUCAACACCGCAUCCGCAUCAUUAAAGAGACGCUCUUGGUGACAUGUGGCAUGGUUGUGCGUGGAGCCGUUCUUAUGUUUCUUUUGUUUUCAACGUGGUUCACCGUUUCCUCAGCCAUAUGUGGCUACUUGGAAUACGAGUGCGAUCAAAACGCUCGUUCCUGCAAGGCUGAGGAUUAUCUUUGCAUGGCACAGGAAGACCCAGAAAAGUUUCACUGUCCUUCUGCCUUGGGUCAAGCGUUGUCCCAACGGCUUGCACUGCUUGCCACUAUGGUGUUGCCGUCCAUGCCCUUGCCAUCACAAUCGUCCGUCGUGGCUUUGAUUGGGAUAGUUGAAGAGUUGAUCAAUAACAAUGCUUUCAUCGGACACGUCAGGAAUUUGGCACGAGAAUUGUUGCUGGUUGCUGUUGUGCAUUGGUUCAUCUUUUUGGCAAUCAAAACGUACCAGCACCAGGGACCUCGAGCUCCAGCAGCGGCCAGCGCACGAGCACGUCUUGUCAACCUGUUGAGGGAGCUUGGCAGAGAAUGCCGGGACGAACGAAAAGAUUUUGUGUUGUUCCUUCAGAUCAUGCUGGUGUGGGCAGUUUUGGUUGCUGCGGUUUUGUGUCCUCUGGUGUUGCAUGCCCGCCUUCGGGCGAGUCCACAUUGCUCGUAUUCCCCUGUCUGCAGCGACGACGAAGGAAGUCCCUCUGUUUAUUAUCAUUUGUCGGCAACAGAGAUCCUGCACUUGGCCGCGGAAGAGUUUUGGCGUUUAUUUAUGAUCAAUUUCCUUUCCUCUUCACUAAUCUGUGAGGUACUUUUCAAUGCUGGCCCAAUGCUGAACUGGUGGACUUUUCAGAACCGCGAAACCAGCUGGGUGUGGUUUGUAACCCUUUCAAUUGGUUCGACUGCGACAAUCUAUCAUUUUGCAGUUGUGCUGCUGAUUGGCUACGAUCUGUACUGA